CAGUUUUCUUCUUCUUUGGGUAUAACGAAGAUUCGAUCAAGUUUUAUUUUGUUUUCCUUUCUUCAUAUAAGCCUAACUCCUAAGAAAGUAAACGAUGAUGAUGAUGAAGCUUGAGACAAGUUAUUAGUCUGAAUUGAAGAAGAAAGAAGAAGAAGAAGAAGAAAUAAAACAAUUUAACAAAGAAGAAAUUGAGAACUAGAGAGAUAACAGCCAUGGAGAUCAAGUCAUACCAAACUCAAGCAGAGCAGUUUGUUGAACACUAUUUAUUAGCAGAUCCAUUUCUUCCAUACACUUCUGUUGUUGCUGGAAUCUGUCUCAGCAAAUUGGUAUAUGAUCUUACGGAAUUAUUCAGCUCAAUUCAUAUCAAAUCAUACUCAGCUCUCAGAAAAAUAAAGAGAAUUGAAUGGAACAACAGGGGGAUAUCUACAGUCCAUGCGAUCUUUAUCUCAUUCAUGGCACUAUACUUUGUGUUUUUCUCUGAUUUCUUUUCUGACCAAACAAAUCUUCAAGUCCUUAUGGUUUUUCGUAGCUCGCCUCUCUCCAACUUCGGUUUAGGAGUAUCAGUUGGUUACUUUCUUGCGGAUCUUGGAAUGAUCUUUUGGUUGUACCCUUCUUUAGGAGGAUCAGAAUAUAUUUUCCAUCACUGCUUAUCUGGAACAGCAGUAGCGUAUUCUCUCUUCUCUGGAGAGGCUCAGCUUUACACAUACAUGGUUUUAAUCUCUGAAUUGACUACACCAGAGAUUAAUCUUAGAUGGUACCUUGACAUUGCUGGUUUGAAGCGAUCUAAUGCUUAUCUUAUUAAUGGAGUUGCUAUUUUCUUUGCUUGGUUGACAGCAAGAAUUCUUCUGUUCGUCUACAUGUUUUACCAUGUCUACGUACACUAUGAUCAGGUGAUACAGAUGCAUACGUUCGGUUAUCUACUGGUUUUCGUUGUACCGAUAGCAUUGAGUGUCAUGAACUUGAUUUGGUUUGGUAAGAUAGUGAAGGGAUUGAAGAAAACACUUGAGAAAAGACAGUGAAGAAACAAAAAAUAGUCUUUAUAUUCUUACUUUGUUAAUGUAAAUAUAAAAGCUCUUAUGAUGAUGAAUUUUUACAGGCUCAAAGGCAACAAAAUAGUGGUUUUUUUACUAAUAACUUUUAUACAUGCUUAAACACAAAUAAUAUCUCAGAAAUUACUUCUGAAUUUUAUUAA